AUGAUGGAUAAACGACAAAAAAAAUCUUUAACUGGAUUGAGAAAAUUUUUAAAGCCACUUUUGCGUGUGCUGAAAAAGAAACGUUGUAAUGACAGUAUACUUUGCGAAAUUUUGGAUAACAAGUACAAUUCGUCUUUGGAAGACAUGGAAAAAGUUAACAACUGUUUUGAGAAUAAAGAAGAAGAAUACGAUAAUUUAGCAAAUGAAAUCUUGGAGCAAAAAUUAAUUAAUGAAUUAAGAAAAUGUGAAGAAAAUGAUGCCAUAUGUGUUUAUAGAUCAAAUGAUAAAAUGCAUGUUGUACCAAUUCCACGUGAUGAAACUUAUGUACCAGUACAUUUUGCGAAAACAUUUGAAGGAACAUUUUUCUGGACGUCAGUCAAUACGACAGUAAUGCCCAUAGGACCAUGUUCAGCUGAAAUUAAACCAAAAUUAAAUGAAUUAUUACUGUCAGAUAGAUGGGCUCAAGCAUAA